AUGACCCUCAAAACUUUAUCAACCAACACUAUAGCUAAAUUACCAUCAUCAACCAUUACGACAAAUCCUACACCAUCAGUUAAGGAACCCAGCGGAAACAACACCUCUUAUGCUUCAAUUACUACAAAUCACUCAGACAAAACCAACAGCAAAUCCAAAGAUUUGCUCACCAAACUUCUUAUAGAUACGAUACAAAAAAGAUACACUUCCACUGAUAUCAAGGAAAUAAUCAUGUCGGCCCUCUCAGCCAUUAUCAUGAUUAUCCAAAAUUCUAACAACUCCCGUAUCAUCUACUGGAACUGCCGGGGUGCCUCUAAAAAACGCCUCGAACUCCUUGAAUUAGUUCAAAGGAAAAACAUCGACAUUAUUUUACUCAAUGAAACGCAUCUUAACAACUCCCAACAAUUCAAACUUCCAAACUUCCACUCAUAUAUCACUAAUCGCCCCCAACGGCUAGGACAUCCUGCGUGGGGAGGCACAGCUAAUAAUAAAUCGAAAAAAUCGUUCACCACCAGAUUAAGAUCACUACAUCAUCAAUUGAAAAUACCUCAAUCCAAAUUCAAGUAG